AUGGGAUGCAAUAUGUGCGUGGUCCAGAAACCGGAGGAGCAGUACAAAGUAAUGCUUCAGGUGAACGGGAAGGAGCUCUCCAAGCUGUCUCAGGAGCAAACCCUGGAGGCCCUGCGUUCCUCCAAGGAGCCCCUGGUGAUACAGGUGUUGAGACGCAGCCCCCGCCUCCGGGGGGACAGCUCCUGUCACGACCUGCAGCUGGUGGACAGUGGCACUCAGACUGACAUCACCUUCGAGCAUAUCAUGGCGCUGGGCAAGCUGCGCCCGCCCACCCCACCCAUGGUCAUCCUGGAGCCGUACGUCCUGUCUGAGCUCCCCCCCAUCAGCCAUGAGUAUUAUGACCCAGCGGAGUUCUUGGAGGGCGGCCCGCAGGAGGCAGACCGUGUGGACGAGCUGGAGUAUGAGGAGGUGGAGCUGUAUAAAGCCAGCCACCGGGACAAGCUGGGCCUGAUGGUUUGCUAUCGCACCGAUGAUGAGGAGGACCUGGGCAUCUACGUUGGAGAGGUGAAUCCCAACAGCAUUGCAGCCAAAGAUGGCCGGAUCCGAGAGGGAGACCGAAUUGUCCAGAUAAACGGUGUGGACGUCCAGAACCGGGAAGAGGCAGUGGCCAUCCUGAGCCAAGAGGAGAACACCAACAUCUCCCUGCUGGUGGCCCGGCCCGAGAGCCAGCUGGCAAAGCGAAUGAAGGACAGUGACCGUGAUGACUUCCUGGAUGUCUUGGGCUCAGAGAAUGAGGGGAAGUUGAAAUCCCCCCCUGCCCAGCAGCUCGGAAAAGAAGAGGAGCCAGGGGCCCCGGAUGCGGGCCCAGGCCUGAGCAACAGCCAGGAGCUGGACAGUGGGGUGGGUCGGACUGAUGAGAGCACCCGCAAUGAGGAGAGCUCUGAGCACGACCUGCUGGGGGAUGAGCCCCUGAGCACCACCAACACGCCUGGCACCCUGCGCAAAUUCGGCCUGCAAGGGGACGCCCUGCAGAGCCGCGACUUCCACUUCAGCAUGGACUCCCUGCUGGCUGAGGGGGCUGGGCUGGGGGGUGCUGAGGUCCCGGGCCUCACCGACGAGGAGUAUGAGCGCUACCGGGAGCUGCUGGAGAUCAAGUGCCACCUGGAGAAUGGCAACCAGCUGGGCCUCCUGUUCGCCCGCGCGUCCGGGGGCAACAGUGCCCUGGACGUGAACCGCAACGAGAGCCUGGGCCACGAGAUGGCCAUGCUGGAGGAGGAGCUACGGCACCUGGAGUUCAAGUGCCGCAACAUCUUGCGGGCGCAGAAGAUGCAGCAGCUACGGGAGCGCUGCAUGAAGGCCUGGCUGCUGGAGGAGGAGAGCGUCUACGAACUGGGCGCCAGCGAGCCCAAGAAGCGUGAGCUGCCCGACAUCUCUGAGCUGCCCGAGAAGUCUGACAAGGACAGCACCAGUGCCUACAACACGGGGGAGAGCUGCCGCAGCACCCCGCUGCUCACCGAGCCGCUGCAGGAGAGCCCCCUGAGGCGGGCCGCUGCUGGCAACUCCAACUUGAAUCGGACCCCCUCGAGCCCCCCUGUCGCCACCCACCCCAAGGCAGCUCCUCCGCCGGGGAGCCCCGGCAAGUUCCGAUCCCUGUCCCGGGAUCCCGAGGUGGGCCGGAGACAGCACUCCGAGGAGCGUGUCCGCCGCAGCCCCAAGAUGGGGGUCGCCCUGGAGCGCGUGGGCCCCGAGGGCAGCCCUUACCUCUCCAGGCGCCACCGAGGCCAGGGCCCGGAGGGCGAGCACUACCAAAGCUGUCUGCAGCUGGCCCCUCCGCGCUGCCUGGAGGAUCUGGGCCACGGCCCCCUGAGUCUGGCUGGUGGCCCUCGGGUGGGCGGAGCCGUGGCCGCAGCCAGUGAAGGGCCCCGCAUGGAGUGGAAGGUCAAGGUGCGCAGCGAUGGAACCCGCUACGUGGCCAAGCGGCCCGUGCGUGAUCGCCUCCUGAAAGCCCGGGCCCUGAAGAUCCGCGAGGAGCGCAGUGGCAUGACCACAGACGACGACGCGGUCAGCGAGAUGAAGAUGGGCCGCUAUUGGAGCAAGGAGGAGCGGAAGCAGCAUCUGAUCCGGGCCCGGGAGCAGCGCAAGCGGCGCGAGUUCAUGAUGCAGAGCCGGUUGGAGUGCCUGAGGGAACAGCAGAACGGCGACAGCAAGGCUGAGCUCAACAUCAUUGCCCUGAGCCACCGCAAGACCAUGAAGAAGCGGAAUAAGAAGAUUCUAGACAACUGGAUCACCAUUCAGGAGAUGCUGGCCCAUGGCACCCGUUCAGCUGACGGCAAGCGAGUCUACAACCCUCUGCUCUCCGUCACCACUGUCUGA